AUGAACCGCAUAACCUACCGCUUUCGCAAUAUGGGCCUUUUCAAGCGUAGCAAGGAUAAGCGCAAGAGCGACAGCCAUUACACCCACGGCGGCGGCAAUGGCAAGCAUGGAGGAGGUGGCGAUUUUCUCGGCGUUCCGGGGUUCAUGCCCGGCUACGGAGCCGGCCAGAUCCAGAGCACCGCCAGCAUGACAUCCAGUAGGCUGCUGGCGCGCCUCCCCGAUGCCAUCCUGGAGCGCAUCUUUCUGUUUGUGUGCCCGCACACCGGCGACGAAACGUACGAAACAUGCGAGCAGAGCAGCGAAGAUGAUGCGUGCAUGCUGUGCAACCAGCGCGACCUUGCCCACUGCGCUGCAGUCUCAAAGCAGUGGAGGAGGGCUGCUAUCAGGCAACUCUAUCAUAGCAUUCGCAUCGAUUCGGUGCACUACUGCGAGCGCGAGAUCUACCUUUCGGACCUGCGCAAACGCCGCUCGUUCUUUGAUCGCAAUGGCCUGCCAGAGGACACGGCCCAGACGCGCCUGAAGCUGCUUUGCCGCACACUUCGCGAGGACCCGACCAGACUCGGCAAGCUCGUCGAGUAUUUCAAGACGCCGUACAUGCUGCGCGAGUCUUGCCAAGCCGAUCUCGCGCGUACUAUCGCCGUGCUACCCAAUCUGCGCUACGUAGAUCUUCCUGAGGGCCUGUUUGCAGACGAUGCGACAUACUUGACACUUCGCAUGGAGGUCCAGGCGAGGUGCCAUCAGCUGCGCAAGAUGACUUAUAUGGCUGGCUCGGAGCGCAGCUUGCAGGCCCUCGCGGGUGGCAAUGUCUGGCCGAAUCUCGAGGUCCUGGAGCUGAUCCGUAUCAAUGUCGAUCCUGCGAUGCUGAGACACGUUCUGGGAGCCCUGCACAAGCUCGAGGCGCUCAAGGUGUCCGAAACGAUGACUUUUGGGGAUGAGAUACUCCUCCACAACGACAUGGUACCACCAUUCCCUGCGCUGCAGGAGUUUAUUCUCAAGGAUGUUCCCAACGUGAGCGCGGAGGGCCUGAAGCAGUGGUUGUCGACGCGCCGCGACGCUCGCAGCCGACUCAAGACCCUGAGCCUUUCGGGCACCGGGGUCAAGCCAUGGCAGCUCCACGGCGUCCUGGCGACUGCGUCUGGUCUUGAGAAUCUCACAAUUGUAGAAAAGGUCUCGGCCUCAUUGCCCACUGCCGCAGGAACACAUGAUAUCCCACCUCUGAGCUCCAAAUCGCUUCUCACGCUCAACUACGAGAUAACCGCUGUCGGGUCGGGCCCCGGUCCCUUUGGCGGUUCGAAUACUGCGGCAAGCGGAUUGAGUGGCGUGACAUCAUCCUAUUAUAACUACCUUUCAGGCUCCCUUCUCUCGGGAGCCUUGCCGAGGUUGCGAGCUGUCUACGUCCGAGACGCCCAUUUCCCAGACUCCCUCCUCGGCCUUCCACCGCCACACCCGACAUUUGCCGACGGCUUCUCGAUGCGCAGACCAAACACCGCAGAGGGCCGACCCAACAAUGCCUCGUUAGGAUCCAACAUGCAAUCGCCGCGCAGCUUCUUGAAACCACAGACGGGAGGUGGUUCCCCGUUCCAGGACCCGAGCGCACACACGAUGCCGCUGCCGCAGAAGCCCUUCGCGGGCGCCGGCCACAAUCCGCGGUUCAGCAGUAAUAACCCCUUUGCAGCAAUGCUGCCGGCACAGCAGCUGGCGACCCUCGAGGUGUUCACCAAGGGCGACGACGAGCUUGAUUGGUCCUUUGUCAAGGUUUCGGGCGGCUACGCGGACGGCGGCGAGCCGUCGCGGCCGCACAGCUCGUAUGGCCUGUCGAGCGGCUCUGUGGGUGGCUGGGGUGCCACAGCCGGCGCGAGGAGGAGCGUCUUUAUGGGAGACGGCGGCGGCGGCUUCCUCGCCGUGCCACCCUCGCCCGCCGGUAACAGACCCGGAAUGCACGGUCGCUCCGGCAGCACCAACAGUAUUGCGUACAGGAGUCCCGGCUGCAGUGGGAACGAGUGGCCAGUGGCUUCUCCAGGGUUUGAAAAGAGGAAGGAUCGCAAGGACCUUUGGCGUUGA